AUGGGGCUUAAGGUGUAGGUUUGGAUGCGUAAAGGAAGAAAGAGAAGAAGGAAGUUGAACGGAUGGAUUAAUGUCAUAGCCAGCGGAGCCAGCCCGCCUUAGCUUAGUGGGGGUCUCAAAUGGUGGUUUGUUUUUUCAUAGAGUAUAUCGCCUGAUUUAACAUGACAGGCAUUGCUAUUCACGAUACGUGUCUGGCUUCUCCGCCCAAAUUCAACCUCCACCUUCCCUUUUCUAUGUCCCCAUUCCUCCCUCAUAUUCCUCUCUUUCAUUGAUUCUAUUCCUCUCUUUCAUUAAUUCUAUCUCCCUGUAACACCAUUUCCCAUUUCCCAUUUCCCAUUUCCCAUUUCAUUCUUGAAACGACACUUUUCAUGGCGCCUUCCAUGGAAGAGGACCAACUUCAGAGUAAAAAUGCAUCUCUCAAUACCAUUCCUGUUCCACUUGCAGAUGAAGUUCCUCAAAAAUCAAGAGUCACCGUUGUUGGUAGUGGAAAUUGGGGUAGUGUUGCAGCCAAGCUCAUUGGUUCUAACACCCUCAACAUCAAUUCUUUCCACGAUGAAGUAAGGAUGUGGGUAUUUGAGGAGACAUUGCCAUCCGGUGAAAAACUCUCAGAGGUCAUCAACCGAACCAAUGAGAAUGUUAAAUAUCUUCCUGGUAUAAAAUUACCUAAAAAUGUUGUUGCAGACCCUGACAUUGAACAUGCAGUGAAGGAUGCUAACAUGUUAGUGUUUGUGACUCCUCAUCAAUUCAUGGAGGGAAUUUGCAAGAGGCUAGUUGGAAAAAUUAGGAAAGAUGCUGUAGCAAUUUCCCUAAUUAAAGGAAUGGAGGUCAAGAGGGAAGGACCAUGCAUGAUCUCUACCCUUAUCUCUGAAAUUCUUGGGAUCAGUUGUUGUGUUCUAAUGGGAGCCAACAUUGCCAAUGAGAUUGCAGUUGAGAAGUUCAGUGAAGCAACAGUUGGAUAUAGGGAUAACAAAGAGAUUGCAGAGAAAUGGGUUCGCCUAUUCAAUACUCCUUAUUUUAUGGUCUCAGCUGUUCAAGAUGUGGAAGGAGUCGAACUUUGUGGAACUCUUAAAAAUGUUGUGGCUCUAGCAGCAGGUUUUGUGGAUGGCCUGGAAAUGGGAAAUAACACUAAGGCUGCAAUAAUGAGAAUUGGCUUGAGAGAGAUGAAGGCCUUAUCUAAGCUGUUGUUUCCUUCUGUUAAAGAUAAUACAUUCUUUGAGAGUUGUGGAGUUGCAGAUCUAAUAACUACUUGCUUGGGAGGAAGAAACAGGAGAUGUGCUGAUGCUUUUGCAAGGAAUGGAGGAAAAAGGUCUUUUGAUGAACUUGAAACGGAGAUGUUGCAAGGCCAAAAAUUGCAGGGCGUCUCUACAGCAAAGGAGGUUUACGAGGUUCUAAGUCAUCGAGGAUGGUUAGAAUUAUUCCCCCUUUUCACAACAGUUCAUGAGAUCUGCAGUGGCCGUCUUGCUCCCUCUGCCAUAGUUGAAUAUACCGAGCACUCAGCCAGAUUGCCCCUGCUGUAAAGUUCUGCUCACUUGAACUAAUAAUGCAGAGAGUUGAAGUCAAUAUAUAUAUCUAAGAUACAUUAGAUUUUGGUUCUUUAUCAGUCCCUGCUUCUUUUGUUUUCCCCCCUUAUAAUGAAUAGUACAAUUUUGAGGGGCUGGUGUCCUCAUCAGCCAUCAGCAAUUUGAUGCCAAGAAAUCAUAGCAUUUGAAUUGCCUUAUGUUCUCCAAUUGCUCUUGGUUAUGGAAAAUGAGGAGAUGCAGUUAUCCUUACUUUUUUUUAAUCACUAUUGUUCAAUUAGAGUUUUCCCCCCUCUUGUUAACCA